AUGCGGACUUCUCACAGUUCAUCACUUGAACAUUCUAUGCAAAUGUCUUCUAAAUUGAGUGCGUCAGAAGAGGGAAUUCUUAGCAGACAAUUUCCUGGACGUCAAUCACCAUUUUUAUCAUCCUCAAUGGUUUUUAAUUCACCUGUUUCUGUUUCGACUACUGACUCAUCAACUUCUCAAAAAAUUACUGUGUUACAGGAAGCACCUUUUUUGGUUACAACAGUUUCAUCAGUCUCUUUACCUGUUAAUGUUCCGUCUGUUGGAAAUACUUUAUUAAAAGAUUGUAAAUAUCAAUGUCAACAAUGUGCUUCUACUGGAAAUGAAUUCAAAGUGUUUAAAACAUUGACAUCACUCAACAAGGUCUUGAAAUGUUUAAAUGUCGUAUACUUUUUUUCUGCAAAAACUUUAGAAUAUUGUAUAUUUUCCUUUUUACUCCCUUUAAUAUUAUCAACUAUAUGUAAUUUCUCAUUUUAUUAA